AUGAAAGAAGAUCCAAACUUCAGAUUCGAUAGAAAGUAUUUGACGACUUUGAGUGAUUUUCCUUCUGCAGAUGUCCUUGUUGGUGACACAAUAGAAGAGCCGGAUGAUGGGUUGGUUCAUAUCAGAAUCCACUCACUGGCGAUUCACAAACUGGUAACAACUGUGUCUGGACUUCCUGAGAAAUAUCACCUUGGAAGCAUUCUCAAGUGUUGCAUGAGGACAUUCGGUUGCAAAGGUGGGAUUAAGCAGAAUAACGAAUUCAGGGAAGUGAUGCUAUUACAGGGUGACACUCGCAGUCAAGUAUACGAAUUCCUGACUAAGAACAGUCUAGUCUCUCCAGAGUGUAUUUGA